AUGACAUCCACGAGAGAGCAGUGGUUCAACUCCGCGGACGUGCUCAACCUGGAGGUGCCGGAACAGGGCGAUCUGGGAUAUGCCGCAGACUUCAGCAAGGCCCCUAGCGCCGGCUUCAACAGCAACCCUGGCGACCAGAAUGCGAUGGACGCCGAGCUGGGGAACUUUUUCUCAAGCAAUUAUGAAGACAUCGACGACUUCUUGACUCAGGAGCUCAAGGAUCUCGAUAUACCCAUGGUACCGCAGAAGUUUGCUGCCGGUACCGAUUCCCAGGCUUUUCUCAACUACGACGCAGUCUGGACUCGCGACGAGGGCACCACGGGAACACCAAGAAAAGACCACAAGCGCGGCCCCAGCGGAACCGCAAUCUUUGGCUUUUCGAACCAUAACAAACAAUUGAGUAUCUCCAAGGCGGGAAGUGAAACGCUUCUGCAGGGGAAUCCUUCGAGCUCUCAACUACUUAACUAUAGUGCUGCAAACACAGACAAACAUUACGACGCCCAAAACGGCAACCUAAACUCAUUAAUACUCAAGCAGCAAGAAGAGCUGAGACUGGCAUUAGAGAGGCAGCAGCAUAUGAACGAACAGUUAGAGGAGCAGCUGCGGCACAGUCAGCUGCAACAAAAACAAUUACAAAUGGCUCUCCAGGAGCAAGCGAUCGCAACUCAUCAGCUGUCAGGGGGUAUUUCUCCCGCUAAAACCCCUUCUUCUCGGGCCUCACAUAAUACCGAGAGAAAUAUUAUCAUUACUUCGAACAGUUCUAAUGGCGGUUACAAGUUUCCCCCACCUCAAACAGCUUCAUCGUCCAAAAAUGGCGUUAUCUCGCCUAUAUCAGGUACAUCCGUAAGUGGGUCGCCAGGCCGCAAGGCUCACAAGCUUAGGAUGCCACUAGUGAGCCUAAAUGGCACUCACACCGAUAGUAGUGAGGAAUACUCCAGCCCGGAGAACUUUCUAGGCUCUCUUAAUGGUAGAAUUAACACCAACGGAGUCCAAAAAGUCAAUCACUGCUUCAAGCGUUCUGGUGACCGAGGAGCCCCUGCAGCUUUAAAUUUCAAAGACAAAUUCUCAAGCAACAACCCUAUUACGCCUCAGCAGCAAGUCAGGGCAGGUAGGGGGUCGUCAGCAUCAUCAUCUCCUCGCAUAAACCACCAUAAAGCCAAAGAAUCGAUAUCUUCUAGCGCUUCAACAAUUCCUCAGGUAUUGGAGGACGACGAUGCUCAGAGCAGUGGCGCGCCCGAUGAAGGGGUUAUUGGUCUAGGUAUAAAAUUUGCCGGCGCGAAGCCAAAACCAAAGUACACACUCAACAAACCUCCUCCUCUAGACCUUUUACCUACAAUUCCAGGUUCGAUGGAUAAUACUCCCAUGAACAGCAAACUCAUAAGUACAGGAGACCCGAGCGCGCUCCCUCAAAAGCAUGUCUUUCAACACACUCCAACGAAAAACACUUUCAAUAACCCCCAUAAUUCACGCACAACAUUAGAAUCAGCACCAAACAUUUUUUGUACUUUGAAAGAGGAGCUCAAGCCCCCGGACUUUUAUCAUUCAGAUGAUGAUUUCGACGAACCAGAAAGCGAAUUCAAUCAUGCCAAAACCCCUUCGCCGAUUUUGAAGUCUCAAAGCAGAUUUGAAGGCUCAAGUCCUAUCAUUGAGCACGCACAUUCAAGUCCUGUAAAGAUCACUCGGAAACCUACAACACUUCCUCCAGGCGAGAUUGAUAAAUAUGUUAAGGAGCUGCCGGAUAAGACUUUUGAAUGUCUCCAUCCCGACUGUGGGAAGAACUUUAGAAGGAGAUACAACAUUAGAUCUCACAUCCAAACGCAUCUCGAAGAUAGGCCAUACAUUUGUGACUUUCCCGACUGUAACAAGGCAUUUGUACGAAACCAUGACUUGAUAAGGCACAAAAAGACACAUGCUGAAAAGUGUUAUAUUUGCCCUUGUGGCAAGAAAUUUGUUAGGGAGGAUGCUUUGCUAGUUCAUCGCAGCCGAAUGAUUUGUGUUGGGGCAAAGAAAUUCAGCAAUGUCGUAAUAAAGAAGUCGCCAAGAAGGCGAGGACGGCCAAGAAAGGAUGGCACAUUUAGUGUCAAUAAUAGUCCCGUGAAGGAAUCUGUGAAUCGUGACACAAAUGGCACAAUAGCUCUUCAAAUGGAAGAACAGCUGCGAAAAGAGCUUAUUGAAAACGGCUUACUUGAUCCAUCUUAUUCCAUGCCCGACAUGAACAGUCCCAUCGAAGAAUCUCUUUAA